AUGUCAUCUCAGAGAGAAGAAAUUAUAGAAGAGUAUGUUGAAGAAGUCGUUGAGGAGGUAGUCUUUGAGGAUAAGAUUGUUGAGAAGAAGGCUGAGGAAAAGGCCGUUGAGGAAAAAAUUGAAGAGAAGAUUGUUGAAGAAAACGUCACUGAGGAAAAGGUCUCCGAGGGAAAGAUUUUUGAGGAAAAGGUUGUUGAGAAAAAAGAGUCCAACGAGAAAGAGAGUAAUGGGGAUGAAGAAAAGGUUGUAGCAGAAGAAAUUAUUCGAAAAAAGAGCGCUGAAGAAAAGGCAACCGCCGAGGAGAAAAGCGACACGUCCGGAGAGACAACAGUAGACCAAUUACUAAAACCGUCAGUCCCAAAGCAAGAGAUCGACUACUCACUGGUAGAUGAACCGCCGGCCAAAUUGAAGGAAGAGGAAAGGAAAUAUGUUGAAACGGAUGCCAAACCAAAAAUUUCAUUCAUUGAUCUAUAUAGAUUCGCCUCGCCUCUAGACUGUCUACUUAUCUUCCUGGGAACAAUAGGAGCUGCAGCUAAUGGCACAGGUCUGCCACUCAUGACGAUCGUCUUCGCCGGUAUUCUUCAGGCGCUUACUGACUAUCAAGCGCAUAUCACUAGCGCUGAUCAGUUGAGCGAGGCAGUCCGCAAGAAUGUCAUUCUCUUUUUAAUACUUGGAGCGUCCAUCUUUGUUGUUUCAUAUCUCCAGAUGACUUGUUGGAUGACUGCAGGAGAGAACAUUACUGGGCGUCUUCGACAGAAAUACUUCUCCGCUGUCUUACGUCAAGACAUCGCCUAUUUUGAUAGUACAAUCACAACAGGAGAUGUUACAUCGCGUAUAUCAUCAGAUAUCUCCAUUUUCCAAGAGGGUAUUUCCGAAAAAGUCGGCCUAAGUAUCCAAUACAUUGUCACGUUCAUCACCGGUUUUAUUAUUGGCUACAUUAAAGGAUGGAGACUCGCCCUUGUACUUACUUCUGUAAUCCCACUUCUUGCCAUGGGUGCUGCUAGUCUUGGUAAAGCGUUACAAUCUUCGACCGCUAAAAGUCAGGAUGCAUAUGCGGAAGCAGGUUCAAUUGCAGAACAGACAAUCUCUGGGAUCAAAACUAUAGCAUCCUUCGGUGGACAGAACAAUGCAAUUGAGCGAUAUACCGAAAAACUUGAAAUGGCUUAUCGUACUGGCAAAAAGAAGGCUUUCAUUAGUGGUGUCGGUCUGGGUUGCAUCUUCUUCAUUAUGUUCUCUGCAUAUGGGCUUGCUUUCUGGUACGGAAGUAGAUUGGUGUUGAAAAAGGAGCAAACAAUUGGCCAGGUGUUAAACACAUUCUUUGCUUUGAUUAUUGGCGCAUUCUCGAUUGGCCAAGCAGCGCCCGGCUUUAGCGCUAUAACCAAUGGUAUGGGGGCAGCGUCUACGUUGUAUGCAGUUAUCGAUCGUGUUCCAUCAAUCGACUCGUCAUCCCCCAACGGCAAGAAGCUUGUCAAAUCCGCCCUUAAAGGACGAAUCGAAUUCAAAAAUGUCAAUUUUCAUUAUGCCAGUCGACCCGACGUACCUGUUUUGAAAAAUUUCAGUUUAAUCGUUGAACCAGGUCAGACUGUAGCACUAGUUGGAAGCUCUGGCAGUGGAAAGAGUACCGUUGUUAGCUUGUUGGAAAGAUUCUAUGAUCCUGUUGACGGAUCUGUGUGUUUAGACGGAGAGGAUUUGAGAAAUAUUAAUAUCCAGUCGCUUAGAUCUCGAAUUGGUCUUGUUAGCCAAGAACCCGUAUUAUUUCCAACUACUAUUCGAAAGAAUAUCAAAUGGGGUAGUACACCCGGCGAAAAGAAACCUACUAUGGAGGAAAUUAUUGCGGUGUGUAAGAAAUCUAAUGCUCAUGACUUUGUUGAAAAAUUGCCUAAGAAGUAUGAGACGCUUGUUGGAGAGGGAGGUGCACUGCUCUCUGGCGGACAGAAACAAAGAAUCGCGAUUGCACGGGCUUUGAUUAAGGACCCCACAAUCCUCCUUCUAGAUGAAGCCACGUCUGCUCUCGAUGCUGACACCGAACGCAUAGUGCAACAGGCACUUGAUGCAGCUGCAGCUGGUCGUACAACUAUUGUCGUUGCUCACCGUAUUUCUACUAUCAAGGAUGCUGAUAAAAUAGUUGUUAUGUACAAAGGAGAGAUUGUCGAGGUCGGUCGUCAUGAUGAAUUAAUAGCUAAACAGGGAAGAUAUUAUCGCCUCGUAAAGGACCAAGAACUCCAAACGCAUAAAAAAGAUAAAACUGAACUUGAGGAAGAGGAGGAAUCUGAAAGCAGCACUGCUGGUGAUAUUUCCGUUACCAUUGAAGAAAAGCCAGCCGCGAUUAGACGAAUGUCGACAAAAGGUUCUCUUUUCCGAACAAAGACCGACGAAGAAAUUAUUGCGGAAGAGGCAGAAAGGAAGAAAAAGCUUAAAACACCUUUCAGGAGAAUAGCUCAAGUGAACAGGCCUGAACUCGUCUAUAUAAUUCUCGGCGUCAUCGGUGCUAUGUUCCAAGGCGCACAGAUGCCAUUAUAUGCUGUGAUAUUUACCCACGUCUUGAAAGCUUUUGCACAGACUGACGAAAACAAAUUUAAACACGAUACUAGUUUCUGGGCGGGAAUGUUCGUAGUCCUUGCCAGCGUCUGCUUAAUCGGCUGCUCAUUACAGAUCGGUUUCUUUUCACUGUCUGGUGAAAGACUGACUAAACGAUUGCGUCAAAUGGCUUUUGUAGCGAUUGUCAGACAGGAAAUGGCAUUCUUCGACGAGGAGAAGCACGGAACGGGUAUUUUGACAUCAAAACUGGCUGUUGAUGCCACUGAAGUACAGGGGUUGGCCGGCUCGUUGAUGGGCACAAUCAUUCAGACUAUUACGACUAUUACGAUUGGUUUAGGGCUUGCGUUUGGAUACGGAUGGAAGUUAACACUUGUUGUCAUAGCAGCAAUGCCAAUUGCUGGCCUUGCAUCGUCUCUUCAGCUGAAGACAUUAGCUGGUUUUGGUGCUCGUACUCGGGCGGCCUAUGAAGACUCCGGUCAAAUAGUUCAACAGGCGGUUUCCAAUAUUCGUACAAUUGCAUCUUUGACACGUGAGAACACUUUCAAGUCUGCAUAUACAAAAGCGCUCGAAGAGCCUCAUAAGACUGCAAUUAGAGGAUUCGCUUUAUCAGCAAUAGGCUUUGGUGUUGCUCAGGGAUUCUUAUUCUUCAUUUGGUCUCUUGCGUUCUGGUAUGGCACGAAACUCGUUGUCAACGGUGAAUAUACGGUGUUUAAUAUGAUGAAUGUAUUGUUUGCCGUUAUAUUUUCGGCUAUCGGACUUGGUCAGAUCAGCAAUUUCGCACCAAAUGUUGCCAAAGCAAAGCUCGCUGCUAUAUCUAUCUUUGAACUUGUUGAUCGUAAAUCAGCCAUUGAUCCGACCGACAACGAGGGUAAAGACCGUCCAGCGCCUGUUACUGGCGAUGCUAAGAUAGAGAAAGCACAUUUCAGGUAUCCGGCUCGACCGGAUGUUGAGGUGCUUCGUGGACUUGAUAUGUCAGCUCUUGCCGGAAAGACUGUUGCUUUAUGCGGAAGUUCAGGAAGUGGAAAAAGCACGGUUGUAUCGUUACUGUUACGGUUUUAUGACGUUAACUCGGGCAAAGUUUCUGUUGAGAAUGUAGAUAUCAAAGACUGGAGUGUCGAGUAUCUGCGAUCACACAUGGCACUCGUCGGUCAAGAACCAGUUUUGUUCGACUUGAGCAUUGGCGAGAAUAUUGCUUUAGCCAAACCUGAAUGCACGCAAGAAGAAAUUGAAGCUUCAGCUAAAUCUGCUAACAUCCAUAGGUUUAUCGAAACUCUGCCUGAUAAAUACAAUACACGUGUUGGUGAAAAAGGUGCACAGCUAAGUGGGGGACAGAAACAACGCGUUGCCAUAGCGCGUGCUCUUAUUCGAAAUCCCAAGCUGCUUCUGCUCGAUGAGGCCACAUCUGCUCUUGACGGCGAGGCAGAGAAAGUAGUGCAGGCAGCUUUAGAUUAUGCUUCACAAAAUCGAACUACCGUGACUAUUGCACACCGAUUAUCGACCAUUCAAAAUGCUGAUCUUAUUCUUGUUGUUAAGGAUGGUGUUGUUGUAGAAAGAGGCAAACAUCUUGAUUUGAUUAGCAAAGGAGGUAUUUAUGCCAAGUUAGUGAGUAAACAGUUGCUUUUAUCCAAGACGAACAAAGAGAUAGUAAUAGUUGAUAAUUAG